AUGACAGACUCAUUCCGCUCGAUCAAUGUAGACAUCUGGGAGGAAGACGUACUCCUAGAGUCGGACCUCAUCCCCGCUUACCACCUCGAUCCCGCCAGCGCGGCUGCCGAGGCGGACAAGAAGAGUGCAGAGGCGAGGGGUUGUAUCAACAGGUCCGACCCCUCUGGCGCCCUGCAACUGAUUCUAGCAGAUCCAGUAUACGGCGGCUCAGACUACGACCAAGCAAAGGAAAGCACCCUCUCCACCCUCCUCACAGUCCUCAACUCGGUAAAAGCAACCGAUAUUCCCUCACUUCUCAAGUCCCUCUCUCUAGACCAGCGCGACUCAUUGAUGAAGUGGAUCUACAAGGGAUUGAGCAAACCAGAGACGGGAAGUAGUGGAAUUUUGCUGGCAUGGCAUGAGAAGCUGACUGAGAUUGCUGGUACGGGAUGUAUUGUGCGAGUGAUGACAGAUCGGAGGAGAAUUUGA